AUGUCCCAGCCGGCUGCUAAUUGCGGCAACCAGACCAUCACCCGGGGCACUACAAGGCCCUACAUUGGACGGUCAAGACAGUUCAAGCGGUCCAGAAACGGCUGUCUCAACUGCCGCCAUCGGAAGAAGAAGUGCGGCGAGGAAAGGCCAAGAUGCCUCGGCUGCAGGCGGAACAACCUCAACUGCACUUGGCAGGCAGAUCAGAACGAGACAGCUGCAGCGUCUCCGCGCCUCUCCGACGGUACUAUUGCCAGCCCAGACGAGGGGCCGCUAUCCGGUAGAGCGUCUCCCCUCCUCUUACAGCAUUACGUCACGACAACUGCAACUAUGCUUCCGAUGCCCCUUAGGGAAAACGCCUUUCUUAGGGAAUUUAUCCCCAUUGCCUCAGUGGACGACAUGGUCAUGCACAGCGUCUUGGCCGUGAGCGGAGCACACAUGAACUUCAGAAACGCAUCCCCAGGGACUAUUCAGGAGGCAACCCUGGACCAUUAUAGUACCUUGGUCCGUCAAAUCCUUGUCGAGGUCUCGGAACUCAAGACCACCUGUGUGAACAAGUUGGCCAGGUUGCUGCUGGUUCUCGUGAUGCUGUGUCACUUCGAGGCUAUUUCGGGCAGCAACAAAGGCGCGAUAUUUUGCCAUCUCUCCGCGAGUCGAGAGAUCAUCGUCGAAAUACAGAGCCGCCAGUCUACGGAACCUUUAGGUCUCGAUUCAGCGACUCAUUUCGGGCUUGGCCUCGAGCUGUACGCGUACCUCACCGUUGCAAACUGCCUCACUCCGUACGGCCUUCUCCAGGAGCGCAUGUUCUCGCUCGACUCUUUCAUCACCUCGCCUAGCAGUCUCGCUGUCUACAGCACUUUUGGAACAAUGUUUGCCGGCCUCCAUGAUCUCUUUGCGCUCAUACCUCAGACAUCACUGCUGUUCAGUCAGCGGCUGAUGGAGCAAGAGUCCGGGAUUCUUGAACCCACAUCUGUUAGUGUUGAGCUCCAUGAAAAACUUCAGCUUUGUCUCGAAGACUGGAAGCUCCGCCAACAGGACCCAGGUUCUUCAUCGUCAAGUGACUACUGUGAAGGGGGCCUAAGCAAGGUUAGCAAGAUCCUUCAGUUAGGCAUCGAAAUAUACUUGAUCGCAGCGAUGGAGGGGUCGUCAAUACUGAACCCAAAGAUUGUCUGCCAGUUUCAGAGCCACCUCGAUGUCAUUCAUGACAUUGGAUUGGAUCUGGACUGUUCUCAAUGGUCCGCUACACUCCUGUGGCCCGUUAUCAUUUCUGGGUCUUGCACCAUCCAAAAACAACAGCAGGAAACUCUUUCCAAGGCUCUACGCGAGUCAAGAUACCACGGCUCUGGGAUAACCCCGACCCUUUAG